AUGACGCAAAAAACAUUAGAAACACUAACCGGACUCCUAAAAAAAGAUGAAAGGUUAGUAGUAGAAAGUAACCUUGCCAAAAAUAAAAUUAUUGAAUUAGCACUUCAAUUAGAUUUAAGGCUUCUGAAACUUCUCAAAUCUUCUCCCGAAAUCAAGAAAAUAUUUUUCCAAGAGGUUGACGACAUACUGGUUUUCGAUAAAAUAAAGUUUCAAAGUUUUAUUUCUAAUAAGCAAUUUCUCCCUGAUAGUUUUACCGCCUACAAAAAUAAAAUAGGUUUGUCGUCUGAUAGGCAAUACUUAACUGAUAGCGGAGAAGUUGUGUUGUAUGAUAAAGGAGAAAAAGUAUCUAUGGAUAAUAUUUCGCCAAAUGAUAAUUUAAUUAUCAAAGGUAAUAAUCUCCUUUCUUUAUAUAGUCUAAAAGAAAAAUAUCAAAAUAAAAUCAAAUUAAUUUAUAUUGACCCUCCUUAUAAUCCGGAUAGUAAAUCGAAUACUUUCGUUUAUAAUAACGGCUUUAAUGAAUCAACUUGGUUAACUUUUAUGAAAAAUAGGUUGGAAGUAGCCAAAAAAUUAUUAACUUCUGAUGGUUGCUUAAUUGUGGCAAUUGACAAGAACGAACAAGCCGAAUUAACUGUUUUAUUGAAAGAAUUAUUUCGUGGUUAUGAAAUUCAUGUUAUAACUAUCGUUCAUAAUUUACAAGGAACGCAAGCCGUUGGGUUUUCUUAUGUUCAUGAAUAUGCUAUUUUUGUUAUUCCUAGUAGUAAACUAAUAAAUAAAAGAAAAAUUGAUGCCGAAUGGAGAGAUUUCAUGCGUUGGGAUUCUGGAAUAGUAGGAAAUGAUAAAAAUGCUAUAAUUUUAGAUUUUUUUGGUGGCAGUGGCACCACGGCUCAUGCGGUAUUAGAACUGAAUAAGCAAGAUGACGGAAAUAGGAAAUUUAUUGUUUGCGAGCAAAUGGACUACAUUGAAACCGUAACCAAAGAAAGAAUUAGAAAAGUUUGCGAGAAUGAUAAUAAAGGUUCUUUUGUUUAUUGUGAAUUAGCAGAGUUUAAUCAACAAUUUAUUAAUCAAAUCCAGGAAGCAAAAAAUAUAGAGCCAAAAGACAUUGAUGAUACUAAAAAAGAGUUUGAAGAAUUAUUGUUUGAAGACCAGCAAAAAUUUUUGAUUUCCCUUUUGGAUAAAAAUCUUUUGUAUGUUUCCUAUUGCGAUAUGGAAGAUAAAAGUUAUGUGAUACCCGAGGAAGUUAAAAAGUUAAAUCGACAAUUUUACGAAGAAGGUUAA